AAAUCUGACUCAAAAAAUGUAGAAGGUGUUUUGGUUUCGAAAUCGUAGACGGCAUCAGUCUGUAAAUGUCAAUAAUAAUAACAACAAUGGGAACUGGCGGCGACGUGUCUCGGUUUAUAUUAUUUUCGAUAAAUAUAUUACUUUUAACGAACCAGGUUUCUGCCUAUUACUGCAACCAUGAUCUAUGUAAAGAGGAUCAAUAUUGUUGUGGAGACAAUUUGUGUUGUGAAUAUGUCUACUCUCCUUGGUACUUUUGGGCUGGAGUUGUCUUCAUGAUUUUAAUUCUCUCUGCUUGUGGUGGUUUAUUCCGCUACUGUUAUGACAACAACUCUUCUUAUGUGAUCCUCCAAACUACUGGUGAUGGCUAUUAUCCAACAAAAUGCUUAGAUGAUGACAAGGCUUUAAACAAUGUAAUUAUUAACAGAGAUGCUCCACCAGCUUAUUCAGUUGCCCACACACCCGACAACUAUCAAAGAUUCUCGUAUUACGAACAGCACAAGUCGAGCAGCUCAUGAACCAAACUUGUCAUUAUUGAUCUGUGUGCUCAUUAAAGCUUAGUGGGACCACCAUUAAAAAGGACGUUUGGUUCUACCAAGAUUCAUCUGUGUCGUCUCCUCACAAAUAUAUAGACUGGUUACCUGUGUGUGUGUAUAUUAACAAAAGGGUUUCUUAAAUAUAUUUAUUUUCAAGAUUGAGCAGAAUAUAUUAGUCAUUUUAUAAAUAAUUGUUAUUAUUUGGUUGUUGUUGUAUUUAAAUUGGAUUUAAAAUAUUUAUAUAUACUAUGGAUAUCAGGUGCUGAUGUAUUUUAACUUGUAGUAUUAGUUUCAAAUUGGCUGCUAUGAUGAAAUCAAGACUAUGUAAUGUGUUUUAGGGUGUAAACUUUAUUAUGUGCAAUUUCAUGCAUAAGUCAGGUUAAGUUAACAAAAUUCAUUUACUUGUGUAAAAUGUAUGUUGAUAUUUUUGAUGUUGUAAAUAACACAAAACCACUAAGUAACAUUUUUAGCACAUGGAUAUUUAGUUCCUUGUUAAAUACUUCAUUCAUAGCUUUCAAUUUUUGAAAACUGUAAAAUUUAUUUUACUGAUGUACCAUUUUAUUAUUUUUAACAUAAAUCCGAACAUAUCUUGAAUAAACUCAGAAUACCAUCCUAUAUUUUGAAAGAGAAUAAACUUCACAUUUUUCUUUAAAAGAAUAAUUAAAUAACUUAAUGGAUUACAUGUAUAACUAAUUUCUAAAAAAAAAAAAAAUUUCGGUAAAAAAGAAAAAUUUAUUAGCAAACUAACUUUGAAACCUUUAAAAAAUAUAAUAUUGAAAUGUUUAAAAAAUAAUUCCUAAAUAGCAUCUCUGGAAAAGUUUUUUUUUUCUUAUUUAAGUUUUCAUUGUAUAUUAUCACACUGUAAUAAUUUGUAAAUUAAAUAAGUAAUUAAAAAUAAAUAAUUCCCUUUUAACUUCAAACUUGGUUCAGCUACCAGAAACCUUAUUUGAUGGUGACAAUCAAUAGAGAAAUAUAUAUAUAUACCAAUAAUUAUAAUGAUUUAAAAAUAUCAUUAUUUUUGUAACACUUUUUCCUUAUUCCAUUUAACUAGUGUAAAAUAAAUAGAUGUAACUAUUAUGAAUUAGUGAAAUUUUGAAAUAUUUUCUUGCAUUGAACAUAAUUUAUAGUACCUAGUUUCUGUAAAAUUGUUUGCUUCUGCUAUUGCAGUGGUUCCCAAACUUUGAGUCAGGGCACUUUUUUUUUUCUUAAGAUUUUUGCACAGCCCUCCAACAUAAGUAAGAAUAUGACUGAUUAUAAAUAAGAGAUAAAAAUAAAUGAAACUCUUUUAUAUGUUAUUCAAUAAACUCAUGAAUAUCAUUAACAUUAGUUUCUAGCAGCUCUCAGGGAAGAGAAUGAGGGAAUCAAUGACUAAUGAAUCUCACUAAGGGAAUCAAUGAUUUAAAAAAAAAAUUUCAAAUAUUCAUUGAAAUUGAAAGAGUAUUAAGUUUCAUUGAUAGUUGUACUUUUUACAAUUUAUCAAUGAUUAAUAAAACUAAAGUUAUUGAAUUUUUUUUUUAAAUAAUAUGCCUAUUCUUGUUGUGAAAGAAAAAUAUAUGAGUUAAAAAUAAAUCACCUCCUAAUAAUAUUUUUUAAAGAAAAUUUUUAUACUAUGUAUUUAAUUCAUUGAUUUCAAUAUUUUAAAUGCGAUUGAAAUUCAUAUAUUUAUUUGCCGUUCAGUUAUGAGUAAAAAGAAAUGAACUUAUUUAAAUUUUAAAUGCCUGUAAAUUAUAAAUGCUUCUUAAAUGAAGAUUCUAGUUAUAGCCAACUUUGAUAUGUAAAUAUAUUUGUCAAAUUAAUCAUCAUGCUAGAUAAAUGUUUAUUGAUUAAUUGCUGUUUGUGCAUCUUCCAACAGCUCUCUUUUUUUUCAUAUGGAAUAGUUUUUAUGAGAAAAUGGUACAAAGUGUAACAUAAAAUACUGAUAUCGAGCAAUCAAAAGAUUUUGAGGUGCUUAAUUUGAGGCAAAUUGAAUAGUUCCUACUCUCCCCUCUGCAUAAUAGAAAGAAAAAGAUGCUCAGGUAAAUAUAGUGGGAAUAUCUUUAAAAUGCUUACUGCUUCAAAACUAUACUUGGUUUUGAAUUUUUUGUUUAUUCUUUUCACUAUUUUAUUUUUUCUAUAUUCUUUUGAAAUUAUUCUUUGAUUUUUGCUUUGUUUCUGAAGUUUUUCUAAAUACUUUUGAUUUUGUAUAUUUUUUAUUAUACUUUUUUUUUAAAAAAACAGCCAAUAAUUUUAUUAUUGAUACUGAUUAAGGUACGUAGUAAGUCAUAAAAAUAGGUCCAUUUUUAUAAAUUCUUCGCAAAAACAUGUGAAACAAUUAUCUCUUUGUAUUAAAAUUUAAUUUUGAAAAUUAUAAGGAUCUUUAUAUCUCUAAAUAUUUCUGAUGAAAAUUGAGACUGAUGAUGAUUUCGAUGAAAUAAACUUUAGCAGCAAAUAAUCUUAUGGUAUUUGAAUGGCAUAGUUUUAUUUUUCUUAGAUUCAAUAUAUUGUAUUUGUUAAAGAAAAAAAAAACACAUCUGUAGAUUGUGUUCUAAAGGCUAGAAAACUGAAUGGAAAGAGAAGAAAAAGAACUACAAAAAAUAAAAUUUUUAUUGUCAUGCUUUCCCAUUGCGCCUUUGGGAUGGCUCAGUUGCUACAAUAUUUUUCUUUCUGUUAUGCAGCAUAUUACUAUAUUUGAAUAUAUGUAUUAUUAUAUUUGUAACAUAUUUGUAAUCAGCACCUAAAAAAAUUUUAUCCAGUAUCAAAAUUUUAUGUUACACUCAAUGCCAUUUCAGUGUUUUCAGAAUAACUAAUCAUUUGCACUAUUUUAAAUUAGUAUUAUUAUUAUAUUAAUGUUCUAGAUUCUGUUGCUGUUCUCAUUUUUGUUAAUCGAUUGCAAUUCAGAAAAAUUUUAGCUAAUUUUAGUGGUGUCAAAAAUUUCUACAUUUAUGAAUUUGAUUUUUUUUUUCUUAUCUUCAUAGCACUGCAUAUCAUGUCAUACUGUAAUAUUAGAUAGAAUAUCGCUUACAAUCAAGAAUAGAGUAAAAGAAAAAAUUUAUCAAUUGUCUCUGAUAAUUGGAAUAUUAAUGAGUGCCAAGUUAGAAUCAAUUUCGAAAUAUGUCUAGAAUAAGCAAUAUUGUUGACAAGAAUGUGUAUAAAAUUAAAAUUAAUCGCAGGUUUUAUAAAGUUUGCCAAAUUUAUAUAAAAAUUUUCAGAAGAGCUUUAUUUCUAAAUACAUAUAAAUACAGUUGUUCAUACGAUAAAACCAAAAUCAAUACAAACAAGAUCUUUACUGAAAAACAAACCUUCAUUACAUGAACUUAAUGUUUCUUUUUAUAACUCAUCCAUAAUGAUCAAUUUGUUAAAAAGACCUUUCACAUUAACAUUUAUUUUAUGGCACUUUCUGUGGGACUCAUUAACACAUGAAUUAACUAAAGAAUUAUUCAUUAACUUUUGAGAAUUAACUUAUAUUUCUUUUUUUUUUACUAUUUUUCAAGUAUAACAUAAAAAAUUAAUUGAAAUAAAAAAUUAAGUUUUUAUGGAAAAACUAAUUGAAAUAUUGUUUCCACUUGCAAACUUAAGAAAGCUUAAAUGUUCUAAAAGCAGAAAUCUAAAGCAUAUCUUAGGAAGUUUAAAGUUACGAGUGGAAAUAAGGUAUUAGCAAGCUUCUUGUAUUUAAUAAUGGGGUAAUAGCCCAUGGACGGUCAAGGCUUAUUGUAUCCAUGCCAGUUUUCUUGAUCUUGGACUCUGGCUUACAAAACCAGAUGUUCCAGUUGGGUGAUCUGCCGAACGCAGAACCUCCACUGUCCCAAGCAUGCUUGUUUUAUUGACCCACUGAAGGAAUGAGUCAACAUUUGUCAGUCUGAGGAUGAGACCUGUGGCAUGAGGACGUAAAGCGUUACCACUUACCUACCAGGCCUCUUGUUUUAAAAUCUUAACUGUAUAUAUUAGACCUCACAUCCAAAACAAUUGGUUUUAAAUGUAUAAUUUUUGGAAUUUGAUUUUUUUUUCUUUCUUUUUUUAAUUAUGGAUAGUGUUUUCAAUUUAAGAGUAGACAUAAACAAAUACUGGAAUUUGAUCAUUUCUGUUUCCAAUUAAAAAUUUUGUUAGUUUAUCGUUUGUGUAAUUUGUUUGCAAUUGAAAUAAAUAAAUAAAUGACGAUAUACUCUCCAAUUUUUUAAGAUUUAUAUUUUCUUUAUUCAACUCUAAUGGUUUCAAAUAAAUAUUUCAUUAAUUAAUUUAUGUAUAUUUUUUUUAAUAAAAAAAGGAAUAAGUAGUCUUGUUUGGGAAGUAAAUGGUGUUUUGUCAUUCUUGAUUUGUUUUAUUGUUUGUCUUACUUUUUAUGAAUCAUCAUUGGUUUAAAUUCAGUUAAGUUAAAAACAUAUUAAGAAAUUUUAAAAAAUUAUUCUUGUAGCUAUUUAGCUAAUGGAGGAAAAAAAACUUUAUGUGUUAAAUUAAGACCUUUUGUAACUGAGUAUUUUAAUUUCUUCUCCCUGACAAAUUAGGCGCUCAUGUUGCAUAUGUGCUAAUAAACUUGUGUAUUCAUUGUUUACCUUUAUUUUGUAAUGAUGACACUAAUAUUUUUAAUUUAACAAUAAUCAGUACAUGAAAUCAAAUAUAGCAAUAUAAUAAUUAAUUAUUAUAGAAAAUGGGAAUUGUAAACUCUCUCUUGUAUGUAGAAAGCACUAUUCAUAAUUUUUCUGGCUGAAAAAUAUAAUUCUAUGUUUCAAAAUCUUUUCAAGUUUUUAGAUUCCACUGCUUAUUAGAUUAUUAUUAUGCCCCAUUUAAUAUUCUAUUAAUAUUAUUUGUGCCUUAUGGUAAUGUUCAGUUAAUAAUUUUAAUUAGUAUAAAUAGCAAUGCAAAUCUAAAAAUAAUACUUAGAUUUAAUAAUUUAAAUUUCCGCUGUAAAAAUUAAAGUGCCAAUCAACAUGUGUAUAAAAUGAAGAAUGUGAAACUGACUUAUGCUUGAAUUCAUAUCAUUAUAGGUAUCUUUUACAUAUUCAUCUUGUAUAUGAUUAUUAUGUUCAUCCUUCUGUAGUUUUUAUUCAUUAUCAGAUAUUCUAAUAAAAAAUGUUUUAAAAAAAUAA